AAAACUUACUUUAACAAUGGCACAAUACGAAGAUUUUGAACCAUCUUAUGAAUGGGCUCAAGAUGCAGAAAGCGACACGCUCAUUCUUGCGCUUAAAGGAUUCAAAAAGGAAAAUUUGAAGGUUCAAAUUGGCACAAACCGUAGACUAAAACUGAGAGGUGAAGAAGAGAUAAGUGUGAACAAAUGGCGUAGAAUUAACAAAGAAUUCACCAUUCCUUCUCAUUCUAGCAUCAACGGGAUCAAAGCCAAGUUAGAAGGUGGUCUUCUAUACAUAAGAAUUCCCAAAAACAUAACUGAAGUUACGCCACCAACACAACCUUAUUUAAACCAAACAUAUGCAAGAGAAACCAGAGAAGCAGCAACACCGGAAGAACCACUUGAAUCGGUUUCUCAGACAAAGGAAAUGAGAAAAAUAGAGGAAGAUGAUAAAUUUUUUGAUGAAGAUAGAGCCAAACCUACCACUUCUAAAGCUAAGGAAAUGCAUGAAACGGUUAACCAAAAGUUACCUACGACACUUUAUGGUUUGGUUGGAGAUACUAUGAAGAAAAACAAAUUACCUAACUUGGUGGUUGCCAUCUUCUUGUUCUUCGCCAUGGGAAUUUAUGUCAAAAAUGCAAUCAUCUCAGCUUUUCGAGGAUCAACCAUCCAAGACCCUUAAAUCUUCCUUCGCUGAUAUAUUUUUAUUUAUAUACAUAAUUAAUAUGCCACAUGAUAUAUAUAGUUUAUUUGUACUUGUAA